CCUGAGACUGUCAGUUGUACAGACACUGUUGUAGGUUGUAGUGGUGUUGCUAGGUACUUCACGACAAAUGGAGGACGAACACACACAGAGGCGGAGUAGACCACUGUUCUCAUGGGUUGCUCGCAAUGUGACCGGGAUGUCCGUGGGUGCGCUACGCUGCGUAGUGUGGCCCGUGACGGCUGUGAGCGCACUCAAAGAGCGCAAGACUGUUUCUCCUGUCACGAACCCUCUCCUGCUGCUGACUGCUGGGGAGCUGGCACGUCGAAUCAGGACCAAACAGGUAUCCUGCUCAGAAGUGGUGGCUGCUUACAUAGCUAGAGUACAGGAGGUCAACCCGUUGGUCAACGCGGUUGUGCAGGACAGGUUCGAGGCUGCUCUCAAAGACGCGGCACUGGUCGAUGCUCUUCUAGCCUCGGGCCAAUAUUCUGAGGCUGAGCUCGAGGCUAACAAACCUCUUCUGGGCGUGCCAUUAACAGUAAAGGAGACUAUCGCUGUUAAAGGUAUGAGUAACAACGGUGCCUUCAGUCUAGUGGAGUCCCACAUAGCUGAGGAAGACGCAGACAUCAUCAGACUACUGAAGGCAGCUGGAGCCAUACCCAUACUGGUGUCCAACACACCCGAAUUGUGCAUGAGCUGGGAGACCUUCAACCCACGGGUGGGCACGACCAACAACCCGUACGACACCCGACGCACACCCGCUGGGUCCUCAGGUGGGGAGGCUGCCUUGCUUGGUUCAGGUGCCUCUGUAAUUGGUGUAGGCUCGGAUAUCUGUGGGUCCCUCAGACUUCCGGCAAUGUUCUGCUGUGUCUACGGCCACAAGCCUACUCCAGGUUACGUAAGCAACAAAGGCCACAGACCAAGUUCGGACGAUGAGAGUUGGGAUAGGUUCUUUACCCUAGGGCCCAUGUGCAGGUUUGCUACGGAUCUCCCCAUUAUGCUGCGAACUCUAGUCAAUGACUCGUACAAAAUACAGGAGCUGAGGCUAGAUGAAGAAGUAGACAUUUCUCGCCUGAAAGUAUUCUACAUGGAAGACGACGGCCCAGACAAAGGUUACACGGAUCCGAUCAACCCAGAGAUCAAGUUUGCCAUGAGGAGAGCCGUCACCUAUCUUCAAGACAAGUACGGUAUACAGGCUACUAAGGCUAAUAUUCAAGGGCUGACCGGUAUUGUCAACUAUGCCACAUUUAUCAUGGCCAGGAUGAAGGGAAUACCAAAUGUCUUUCAGAAAGAUGAAGCGAAACCAGAUGAAUGGAACAGUGUUUUUUCUACGUUUGCGAAACGUCUGGUCGGCCAGUCAUCAUCUUCCUUGAGCUGUCUGAUGUAUGCUCCUCUUAAAACUCUGGUGGACAAUGUACCUCAAGAAGACUAUGAGAUAAUGCUCAAGAAAAAAGAACACAUUAUGAACCAGUUCAAGGAGCUGUUGGGAGACAACGGAGUGUUUCUGUACCCCGCUUUCCCACAAGCUGCGCACUUCCACGGGCAAAUCUUCUACAAGUUCCUAAACACCGCGUACCUGAGUGCUUUCAACGUGCUGGAACUUCCAGCUACAGCUGUUCCUCUAGGACUCAACAGAGAGGGCCUUCCUAUUGGCAUACAGGUUUCUGCAUGGCAGAGGCAAGACAGAUUGACCAUGGCCGUAGCUGCUGCCUUAGAGAAAGAGUUUGGGGGCUGGAUUCCUCCAAGUCAAACCAAAAGAUAGAUUCUUCAUUAAAAAUUGUUAUUAUUGAAAAUGUUAUGCAUCACACUAAGUGAAAAGUUUACUUUUAUGUGUAUUUAAUCAUCAAUAAACUUUUGUAUUUAA